AGGCGACAACAUUAUAGCAGCUCAAGAAACUUUUAUUGUUUGAGCUUCAGGACCAGAUUCCGAUAACACAAAGUUUAUUUAUGAUCUGAACGUGUCAAAUUGCCGAGGAGUUUUAGGGUACAAAAUGUCUGCUUUUGAGUGCAUUCUGCAGUGCUCAGUGGAUCCUGAUGCAAAGUUCAUCUCUGUGUGCUGAACGUGUUGACCACUAACAUUUGUAUUUGGCUAGAAACAGUUCUGAAGGCUCAUUUGUCAUUGUUGCUGGAUAAUUCAAAAGCACUAUGGCGAAGUCUGGAUAUGGCUACUACCGGACUACUAUUUUCCUUGCCAUGUUUGUGGGCUAUACACUGUAUUACUUCAACAGAAAGACCUUCUCCUUUGUAAUGCCUUCAAUAAUGCAAGAGAUCAAGUUGGAUAAAGAUGACUUGGGUCUUAUCACCAGCAGCCAGUCUCUGGCCUAUGCUAUCAGCAAGUUCAUUAGUGGGGUGCUCUCCGAUCAGAUAAGUGCACGAUGGCUUUUCUCCAGUGGUCUUUUCAUGGUGGGUGGCAUCAACAUUCUGUUCUCACAGUCCUCCACUGUGGCCAUGUUCUCUGGGCUCUGGUUCCUGAAUGGACUUGGCCAGGGAUUUGGAUGGCCGCCAUGUGGAAAAGUGCUUCGUAAGUGGUUUGAGCCCUCUCAGUUUGGGACGUGGUGGGCAGUGCUGUCCUGCAGUAUGAACCUAGCUGGUGGACUGGGGCCAAUCAUUGUCACGCUUCUGGCUGACAACUACAGCUGGAGGUCUACUCUAUCCAUCUCAGGCCUGACUUGUGUUGUCAUAUCAGUCGUCUGUCUACUGGUGAUCCAGAACGAGCCUAAAGACGUUGGACUGCCCAGUAUAGAGAUUAACGCAAAGAAAGGCAAAGCAGCCUCUAAUAUGAAUGAGAGCACCUUGAAGGAGUUCCUUCUGUCACCGUAUUUGUGGGUAUUGUCAUUUGGCUACCUGGUAGUGUUUGGAGUAAAGACUGCUUGCACAGACUGGGGACAGCUCUUCCUCAUCCAGGACAAGGGCCAGUCAGCAUUGAUGGGCAGUUCUUACAUGAGUGCCUUGGAGAUUGGAGGGUUGGUGGGCAGCUUAGUUGCUGGAUAUCUGUCAGACAGGGCUGUAGCACGGCAAGGACUGCGUGCAUACGGUAAUCCACGGCAUGGUCUUCUACUGGCAAUGAUGGCAGGAAUGUAUGUCUCCAUGUAUCUCUUCCGAACCACUGUCACUCAGGAAAGCUCAAAUGUUUGGAUUCUCGCUCUGGGUGCUGUUUUUGGCUUUUCUUCUUAUGGACCAAUCGCUCUAUUUGGAGUCAUUGCUAAUGAGAGCGCUCCUUCCAACUACUGCGGAACAUCACAUGCAAUUGUAGCCUUGAUGGCAAAUGUUGGAGGUUUUCUGUCUGGGUUGCCAUUUAGCACUAUCGCAAAACACUAUGGCUGGGGUACAGCAUUCUGGGUCGCAGAAGUAACCUGCGUCAUCACUACAGUUAGCUUUUUCCUUCUUCGUAACAUCCAGACCAAGAUGGGACGUUCUCUGAAGAAGACUGAUUGAUCUUUGAUGAUACUGGAGCUUGUCUUGAUUAUAAAACUCACUUUGUUGUUAAAAGCUCUGGUUUUUCCAACACAUGAGCUCCAUAAACCUGAACAGCACCAGUAUGUUCAAUGUAAAGUGUUUUGUUAAACUGUAAGUACAGUUUAAUGUUUUAUGCUAGUAUUGUAAAACAAAAAAUUGUAUCAUCUGAGGAAAUUGGUUAUGGGGUAGUCUUAAAAGACUUUUUUUUUAAACAAAGAUUAUUUUAAAGGUUCUUAGCUUUAGGGAAACAUGCUCUCAUCUGAGGCAACUGGAAAAAACAAAUACAUUUAAACACCAUGUCAACGUUUAUAUACACACUUUGUUUAAUAGCAAAUUAAGGGCUUACAAUGGGGAAAAAAAAGCAUUCCUUUGAACAGAUUGUAGGAGGAUGCAUAAUUGUAUGUAUAAUUUGCAUUUAAUCCUCUAAAUAACUUUUCUACUUUUAACCCAUAGUGAAUAGUUUUGGAGAUGUAAUUAUAAAAUCAGUAUUUUGAUAAAGAACAAACUUCAUGUGAAAAGGUAUUUUAUUAUUAACAUGUAUUCAGUCAUUCCAAGUUUCAAGUCAAAACCACUUCCAGCAUGUCAUGACUAACUUGUCAUUUAGAUAACUGCGAAAGAGGCUUUACAACUCCAACUGAAUUGAGGCAUUUUAACAUGGUUCUACCUCUUUAUUGUUACUAUAAUGUUGUAUGUGGUGUUAUGUAACUGAAAGUUUUUCAAUAAAACAAUGAAAACAUUUAUAUUAAAUAAAGAUUUUAAACACCA